UCACUGUUAUUUUCACCAGCUGGCAGGCAUCACACCCUAAUGAUAAACUUUGUCACCUGGACUCAGAAUCUGGGCUCUACACCCAUUCUACUAUUCUUGAUUAUCCCUCUAUUGGACAGAUCAGGGAGAUGGCUGACAAGCACAAAAUGCAUAUCUUGUUUGCCGUCACUAAGAACCAGGAACCAUUGUACAGGUACUUGAGAAACCUCAUCUACAGGACGUCCGUAAGCGUACUGGAAGCUGACUCGGCCAACAUUAUUCAGAUUCUGGAUACAAAUGUUAGAGAACUCGUCAGCAAGGUAACUCUGAAAUCUACGGUGUCCGAUGCACAAGAUGUGACGGUUCAGAUCGAAUCUGCGUGUCUUGAUGGUAAGAUGGAAAAGCGUUCCACCUGCAAUCUCACAGCUGGAGACGAGUUGGAAUUCUUAGUUACUGUCCGAGUUAAACGGUGUCCCAGUACUGGCAACAAUUUCAACACGAACGUCACGGUGUAUGUUGAUGGCCGGAUGCAGUCUCUCUUUAUUAACCUCACCAUGUUGUGCCAGUGUAAUUGUGAGGCUCCCGGCGACCCGGGGUAUAUAGCCAAUCCUGCCAAGUGUAACAGGCAUGGCGACGACCAGUGUGGGGUGUGUAGGUGUUAUGAAGGCUACGUCGGUGAAUUCUGCGAGUGUGAGCUUUCAGACGGGGAGAGUGUUACCAUUAAUGAAACGAGAUGUUACCAGACUAGCACCUCACCAAAGUGUAGCGGUCGAGGCGAGUGUAUCUGUGGCCAGUGUGUGUGUAACAAGAACACAGAUAAUUCUAAGAUAAUCUUGGGGACACAUUGCCAGUGUACCAAUUACGAAGGCUGCCAAGGCCAAUAG